AUGGUGGCGAGUAGCGGCGAAGAUGCUGGGAUGACCAUGGAACAGAUGAUUGCCAUGAAGGAGGGCCUUGAAGCGCAGAUCAAGGCCAUGAGCAAGCCUGCGAAAGUGAAUGCCGGCAAGUUCAGCAGCAGAACGAUGGCCAGAAGUGGCAUCGAGGAGGAAGAGCCUCCGCCGCGACGGCUCAAUGUGGGGCAGAUGUACCGGGUCAUCGCCAAGUUCGUAGCAGUCCGGUCGUCGCCCUCCAUCGAGGCCCCUUUCCUGCGGCGCCUCAACAACGGGGCGAAGGUGGAGAUGUUCGAGUGGGACAGCAGCAGAAGCCUGGUGCUGAGGACUGUGCAUCUGAUGUGGAGAAGAAGCCCAAACCGCGGCUAUCAGAAGCUCAGCGCAGGUGGGCGACAGAGGCUCCUCACUGGGACAACGAGAAACGAUGUUGGGUAG